UCUAGCGUCAAUGAAAUUGCACGUUAACAUGUUAUUCAUACUGCCGCUAACUUCGAAGAAGGACUUGUGUCGCUACCGGUGUCGAUAGUUAUUUAUAUCAAAGGAAGCUGAAUUAAUAGAAGUAUCAAAAUGGAUGCCGAUUUAUAUGACGAAUUUGGAAACUAUAUUGGUCCUGAUCUGGCAUCAGAGAGCGAGGAUGAAAAUGAAUAUGGCAAUGUUGGUGACGAUACCGAAGAUAGAGAACGAUCCGAUGAGGAAAUGGAAGAAGACAGGGAUGAAUCGCGAGAACAAUUGGAGCAAGGAUCUUCUAUGGCAGUUGUAUUACACGAAGACAAACGAUAUUAUCCAAGUGCAUUAGAGGUGUAUGGACCUGAGGUAGAAACACUUGUGCAAGAAGAAGAUGCGCAGCCAUUAGAUAAACCAUUGAUAGCACCUACUAGAAAACCAAAGUUCCAAAUAAAACAGCAACAGCUGCCUGAUACGACAUAUAGCAUUGAAUUCUUGGCAGGAAUAAAUCGGAAUGCUCCGCAUCUAUUAGAAACUGUGGUUUUGCUGGGACAAUCUUCAAUCAUGUGCAAAACCACUUUGGUUGAUUGUUUGGUACAACAACACAUCCUUACUUAACACAGUAUAACUGAUGAGAAACCACUGAGGUAUACAGAUACAUUGUUUACCGAGCAACAAAGGGGUGGUUUCUACAAAACAACUCCUGUUACUCUUUUGCUACAAGAUGUAUGGCAGUUGUAUUACACGAAGACAAACGAUAUUAUCCAAGUAGAAACACUUGUGCAAGAAGAAGAUGCGCAGCCAUUAGAUAAACCAUUGAUAGCACCUACUAGAAAACCAAAGUUCCUAGAAAACCAAACAUUAUACUCCUCGGAUGUCGAGAAUCCCGCUUUUGUUUCGCCCGCUGUUGGAAACGUUUGUUUUGCCAGUUCUGAAUACAAUGUAUGCUUCACUCUGAAAUCAUUUGCUGCCCUUUAUGCUAGAAACUAUCCCGGACUCAAUCCCGGCGAGUUCGCCAAGCGACUCUGGGGCGAUAUUUAUUUUAAUCCUAAAACGCGAAAGUUCACUAAAAAACCUCCGCACAAUACAGCGCAGCGAAGCUUUAUCGAGUUCAUCUUGGAGCCUCUGUAUAAGAUAUUUGCGCAAGUCGUCGGCGACGUAGACACAACGUUACCAGAUGUUUUGGACGAACUUGGCAUACGAUUGACAUCCGAAGAAAUGAAGAUGAAUAUACGACCGCUGCUAAGACUUGUCUGUACACGAUUCUUAGGAGAUAUGUGCGGAUUAGUCGAUAUGUGUGUCGCUCACGUACCUAGCCCACAAGCACAUGCACCUAAUAAAGUACAACAUGUUUAUACUGGUCCGAUAGAUUCACCGCUCGCGCAGGAUAUGGUUAAUUGUGACCCGGACGGAAGAUUAAUGAUUCAUAGUACAAAGAUGUAUCCAACCGAGGAUUGCACUUUAUUUGUAGUGCUUGGCAGAGUUAUGUCUGGCACGCUGGAAGCGGGACAACGUGUUCGCGUGUUAGGCGAAGCAUAUUCACGCACGGAUGAGGAAGAUUCACGUGUUCUCACAGUAGGUAGAUUAUGGAUCAGUGAAGCACGUUACUCGAUCGAAUUGAGUCGAGUGCCCGCGGGUAAUUGGGUCCUUAUCGAGGGUAUCGAUCGACCGAUCGUGAAGACUAGCACCAUUACGGAUCUCAAUAAUUCAGAAGAUUUGCAUAUCUUUCGGCCACUCAAGUUCAACACACAAAGCGUCAUCAAAAUCGCCGUCGAGCCAGUCAAUCCAUCUGAAUUACCCAAGAUGUUGGAUGGUUUACGAAAAGUGAACAAGAGCUAUCCAUUGUUGGGUACGCGGGUGGAGGAAAGCGGUGAGCACGUUGUCCUGGGAACUGGCGAACUCUAUCUCGAUUGCGCGAUGCAUGAUCUGCGUCGCAUGUAUUCAGAAAUUGAUAUAAAAGUGGCCGAUCCCGUAGUCGCUUUCGCAGAAACCGUAGUGGAGACCAGUUCUCUCAAAUGUUUCGCUGAAACGCCGAAUAAACGGAAUAAAUUGACGAUGAUAGCGGAACCACUGGAGAGAGGUCUUGCUGAGGAUAUAGAAGCUGAACAUGUCCGUAUCACAUGGAACAAAAAAAGACUAGGAGAAUUUUUCCAAACAAAAUACGAUUGGGAUUUAUUGGCAGCACGUAGUAUAUGGGCAUUUGGUCCUGAUUCUACAGGACCUAAUAUCCUAGUGGACGAUACUUUACCUUCAGAAGUAGAUAAAACACUAUUGAAUAGUGCACGUGACGCUAUCAUUCAGGGCUUUCAGUGGGGAACUCGCGAAGGACCAUUGUGCGAAGAGCCGAUCCGAAAUGUCAAAUUCAAAAUCCUCGAUGCUGUCAUCGCGCAGGAGCCAUUGCAUCGAGGAGGCGGCCAAAUCAUUCCUACUGCUCGACGUGUCGCAUAUUCUGCUUUUCUCAUGGCGACUCCGCGUUUAAUGGAGCCUUAUCUGUUUGUCGAAGUGCAAGCUCCCGCGGAUUGCGUGUCCGCUGUUUAUACAGUCUUGGCGAAACGGCGAGGUCAUGUAACGCAAGAUGCCCCGGUACCUGGCAGUCCAUUGUAUACGAUAAAAGCUUUUAUACCAGCCAUCGACAGUUUUGGCUUUGAAACAGAUUUACGGACGCACACCCAAGGUCAAGCGUUUUGCUUAUCUGUCUUUCAUCAUUGGCAAAUCGUGCCCGGUGAUCCUCUGGACAAGAGUAUAACUAUCAGACCAUUGGAACCACAGCCAGCUACACAUCUAGCCAGAGAGUUUAUGUUGAAAACGCGAAGACGCAAGGGCCUGUCCGAGGACGUUUCCAUCAACAAAUUCUUUGACGACCCCAUGUUGCUCGAGUUGGCUCGGCAGGAUGUGCUGUUGAAUUACCCUCUCUAAUUAAUAAAUAUAUACUACACGAAUUGUGACUGGUAAGCGUUAAAUUUUCUUAUAAAGAGGAACAAGCGUCUUGGUUUUUUAAACUGCGCAUGAUAAAUUCCGUAUUCUUCUUUCUAUCGAGAUAUUUAUAUUUCUUUAACGAAUUAAAAGAUUUAUUACAAAUAAAAUUCUUCAAGGAUAGCUAUAUAGAAGAGAAAACAUUCGUCAAUUGUUUUCAAAAAACAUAACUUUAGAACUCGUUUUUAGAGGUUUUAU